AGAGAUGACACAGGAGAACUACAUGCAUUCUUUUUCUGUUCCGCAGCAAUCACCUACUCAAGUCCCUAUGCAGUUUAGAAGUUACGAUCCUGUGACAGGUAGUUGGUUGCAUCAGCAAAAUGUGGUACCAAACCAACAGCAGAAACAGUCCCCUUUAUCGGUUCCCUCCACACAAAGGCAUCCGAUGCAGAGUCAGCCUCCACAGCAGCUGACCGGAGAUGUCCUGAAACAAUUGACUACUACUGCUGCUGUGAGUGGAAGCAUAUGUUUACGCCAGCUGGUGUUUUUCAUUCAUGAUCGACAGAAUAGGCCACCUGUGAGUUGUUUAGCCUUGAUAAAAAGUUUUGUUCUGUAUUUCUAAACUAGAAGCUUGCAUUUUUGUCUAAAAUCUUACAUGAGUGUUUCAAUUAAUAUGAAACUUUGUUUUUCUUGAUUCGAGGUACUGAUUUUUUUUUUUUUUUUCCCGUUUGUACCUUGUAGGACAAUAACAUUGGAUU